AUGACUUACCCAACGAAAGCUAUAGCGCCAGUUUUUGUUGGUAAGAGCCUUUUUGAAGAUUACCGCAAGGUGCAGACAGAGUUCAGAGGAGACACCAAUUUCUUUACAUCCGCCAACAUAAAGGCCUGCAUGAAAAAGGUUAUUGCUGUUAACCUCCAUGAAACCAUACAGGUUGACAGUGAGUUGUCAAUCCGGGCGUUCUAUGCUGGACAUGUACUAGGUGCAGCAAUGUUUGAGAUUCGCGUUGGUCACCAGAGUAUAUUGUAUACAGGUGACUACAAUAUGACUCCCGAUCGUCAUCUCGGUGCUGCCAGAGUGCUGCCCGGAUUGCGGCCAGAUUGUUUGAUUUCUGAGUCCACUUACGCUACCCACAAUUCGUGACUCAAAAAGAGCCCGAGAAAGGGAUUUUCUAAGAAAAGUGCAUGAUAGGGUGAUGGCAGGAGGAAAG